GCGGGGGUAUAGGCUACUUGGAGGCUCUUUCACGCACAGCGCUACGAUUGUACACGAGAACAAAUAGCCUUCUCGAAUUAUGAAAACAGAAAAGCUAGUGAAUGCAUAGUCAAAAUGCUAUUCGUAUGAUCCGAAAGUUUGUAUUGUAUAUGGACCAACUACACACUCCAUGAAGAGAAAAUCGAGGUCUGAACCGAGUGUUCCUGUUCGACUUGAAUGCGCUCUGAGCUCUGGACAGUUUUUGUGUUAUGCAAGUCCGGUGUGAUUCUUUCGAGUCUUCUUUCGUUUCUUAAGGUACGUUUCUUUUCUAUGCGGCUCCAGGACGUGAAGACAGCGUAUUCUUGGCUUCUGGAGGACGGGAGUUUUGUCGUUCCAGAAAGUGACUGAGACGACACACUGCUUGUGCUGGGUGCUGCACGAGACUGGACACGGAACGCGAGAGAGGAAGACAAAAAGACUCUCCAAGGAUGACUCUGGGGACGGACAUGUCGGACAGUUCUGCUCUGUCCGACGACGUGGACAUCGAUGUUGUUGGCGGGGAUAUUGUAAAAGAGGGUAAAUAUCUUCACCAUCAUCAUAGUUUUCACUUGGACAAUGACUCCGAUGACAAUCUAUCCCAGAAUGCGGGGGAGGGCGCAGUCUCACCGGGCCAAAGCAGCUUGGACUGUCCGGCUGACCGGGUCGGGCCACAGGAUGACAGCAGAACCGGUGCGUUAACUGGGGACAAACCAGGGAAAAAUGCGUUGGUGAAACCCCCUUAUUCUUACAUAGCCCUUAUAACCAUGGCUAUCCUGCAGAGCCCGAAGAAACGUUUGACUCUCAGCGAGAUCUGUGAGUUCAUCAGCAGCAGGUUCCCGUAUUACCGGGAGAAAUUCCCCGCGUGGCAAAACUCUAUCCGUCACAACCUGUCUCUAAAUGACUGCUUUGUCAAAAUACCCCGCGAACCCGGUAACCCGGGCAAAGGCAAUUACUGGACCCUCGACCCAGAGUCCGCCGACAUGUUUGACAAUGGGAGUUUUCUGCGCAGAAGGAAGCGCUUCAAAAGACACCAGGCCAACGAGAUCCUUAGGGACGCGGGGGGAUUUCUACCUGGCUUUGGCUACGGACCGUACGGUUACAAUUACGGCCUACAGCUGCAGAAUUUCCACGCGCAUCACCCCUAUCACCCACACCACCCGGGAGGCGCGUUCCCUUUCCAAAACGCACAUUGUGCUCUCCCAACGCCUUCCUCGAUAUUCUCCACGCCACACAGCUUGCCUUCGUUUUUGGGUACCGAGCUGAGAAAGCCUUUCUAUCCUCAACUCAGCCCCACUCUUCCUGGUCUGGCGCCUCUCAAAACGGACACAAAUGGCCCGAGCCGGCCUUCCUUCUCUAUAGACAAUAUAAUCGGUGCGGCUAGCUCUCCAGCUUCGCCGUACACCGCACAACCGAGUGGACAGGCUCAGAUCUUGGCCAUGCUGACUCCAACACUUGCCUCGGCCACGAACCACUUGAAUCUAACGCAGGACACGAUGCUUCAGCCGGGCACACAGACUUUCUCGAGCAAAACGCCAAGCCUUAACAAUUGCCAUUUCUAGAGUGGCAGCAAAUAGAAAGUGCAGCAGCCCAGUUUAUUAUGGUUGUUUCGUCCUUUGCUAAGGUAGGAUUUACACUUUUGCAAGACUAAAAUGCCGCCCGUUUCAUGUUUCUGAA